UUAUAGGCAUUCCAGAAGAUACCCGAUCGUAGUUAGCAGCUUCAAGAUCGGUUCAUAUAAGCAGCCCGCCAUGUUGAGUCUACACGACGCGCGCCUAGUUACCCACCUAGGUGCCAGGGUACAAGGAAGCAUUUCACUGCAUCAUUGUGGCCAACUGCAUCCAUGCGACCAGAAGCCUCCAAGUAUCCCUCUCCCACCUACACGAGAUACUCCGUGAUGCCGGCGCAUUAACACUAGUAGAAAUCACCAAAAUAUGUUUUGGCUCGACAUCGUCGUCGGGCUUUCUGAAAGAUGGUGGCUAUUCGAGGACGAUCGAUCGCAUGCACUAGUUGACGAAAGGCACUGGGAGAAAACCAUGAAGAAGUCGGGAUUCAAUGAGGUCCUUUGGUCGGAUGGCGCUACGCCCGAGUCUAAAACAGUACGUGUUAUUGGAGCGUUCAAGCGUGGAAAGCCGAACCAAAUCAACAAUGCGCCGCCGACUGAAAAGCCUAGGCAAGUAUCUGUGGAAACAGUCGUGUAUAAGAGGACAGGAGGGAUGGAAGUCCACGCUGACAUAUAUUACCCCGUUCGGGAGGAAUAUUCGAACAAGAAAGUCCCGAUCGCUUUGAUGAUCCAUGGGGGUAGCCAUAUGAUCUUCUCCAGGAAAGAUAUUCGACCAGGUCUGCAAAUCGACAGCGAAAGAGUUGUCGUUGUGGGAUGGUCAUCCGGAGGGCAGCUCGCUAUGUCGCUUGCGUGGACUUCCCCGCCAAGAGGCUUACGACCCCCCGAAGCCAUACUCGCGUUUUAUUGUCCAACCAACUACGAAGACGAAUGGUGGAGACGUCCAAUCCAGCCUAUCGGGGCGGAAGAUAAAGGUGAAAAGUACGACAUACUCGAAGCCAUACAAGAAGACCCCAUCAGCGAUUAUUGUCUAGUAGGCGCAUGGGAACCGCUUUCCGAUCCACGCAUCCUAACGGAUCCUUGGUGUCGCAUCGUACUUCAUAUUAAUUGGAAGGCCCAGACGCUCCCCAUAAUCCUCGGCGGACUUCCCAGUAAAAGAAGAGCAGACCAGUACCCAGAUAUCGAAAACUGGAAUGCUCUUCCAUAGCCUGACCACAGUACAACAGUGGCUGCUAACCCUCUAGUCAGCGUUGCCAGUAAGUCAAGUAAUUACUUGACUUACUUAGCUUGACU